CAAAUUUUUUUGUGUGAUGGAGCUGGCUGGCAACCGCCUGGAUUAUUAGACGCAGUAGUGAUAUUUUGGUGCUGGUCUGAAUUUAACACAGUCUGCACUCGGCACGUCGUCCAACCUCGUCAUUCAAACUGGAGCCUCCAAAAGCUUAGCAGCAAAAGUAGCAUAAAAGAUGGGGCUUCUUUUUGAUUCGUUGAUUGUGGAGCUGCUGGCCUUCGGGCUGGCCGCUUGGGCUCUUUUCUACUGGUACGCCACCAAAAACUACAAUUACUGGCAGAGCAAGGGUGUACCGACAGUGAAAAAACUGACUCCCCUUCUCGGAACCAUGGCCGAGACGUUCACGCUGACAACUCAGCUAGGCAUCUUCUACCAAAAAAUGUACAACGAGCUGGACGGAGAGAGAUUUGGCGGCUACUACAAGUUGCGCGAUCCUGCCCUGUUGAUCAGAGAUCCCGAGCUGAUUAAAAGUGUCCUGGUGAAGGAUUUCCACAGCUUCCACGACAAUGAUAUUCACAUUAACGAAAGCAACGACCCGAUGCUUGCUUACAACAUUUUCUCAAUCCACGGACCCCGAUGGAAGUACCUGAGGACUCGGCUGACUCCAGCUUUCACCUCUGGCAAAAUGAAAAUGAUGUUCCCUUUGAUGCUGGAGGUCUGUGACGAACUGAAGAAACACAUCCAGCGAGCUGCGGAAAAGAAGGAGGGUCUCGAGACCAAAAGAUUGGCCGCCAGUUACACAACGGACAAUGUUGGGACCUGCGCCUUUGGAGUCAAGUGCAACUCUCUGGAGAAUGAAAACAACACUUUCCGACAAAUGGGUCUUGAGCUGGUCACCGUGGGGCCCGUCAGGGGUCUGAUGCUCAUGAUCGUUCUUUUCUGUCCUAAGUUGGGUGAUUUGCUGGGGCUGAAAUUCAUUUCCGACAAACUGGCCAACUUCUUCAGGAAAAUGGUCAAGGAUGCCAUGGAGUACAGGGAAAAGAACAACGUCACCAGACAGGACUUCAUCCACCUGCUGAUGCAGCUGAAGAAAAAGGGCCAGCUUGAAGCCGACCCUGCAGACAAAUCGGAGAAGCAGGAGAACGGCACCAAACAAGAGAAUGGCGCUCCGGACAAUUACGAAGAAAGUGGAAAAUUAGAUUUCACUCACGACGUGCUGACGGCUCAGGCUGUUGGUUUCUUCGGCGACGGCUUUGAGACGUCAUCAACAGCAUUGGGAUUCGCCAUUUUCGAAAUAGCGUAUCACCAGGACGUCCAGGACAGGGUGAGGGAGGAGAUCGAGGACGUCCUGGAGAAGCACGGAGGCAAACUGUGCUAUGAGGCCAUCCAGGAGAUGCCUUACCUAGACAGGGUCAUUUCGGAAACUUUGAGGAUGUACCCGCCUGCCGGUGCCAUAAAUCGCCUGUGCACCCAGCGCUACCAAAUCCCCGGGUCUGACCUCAAAAUCGAAGUGGGCACCACCGUGUCAGUGCCAGUCUACGCCCUGCAACACGACCCCAAGUAUUGGCCUGAACCUGAGCGUUUUGACCCUGACAGGUUUACCGAGGAGAACAAGAAGGACCGCGUGCCGUACACGUUUUUGCCCUUCAGCGAAGGUCCCAGGAUUUGCAUUGGAAUGCGUUUUGCCCAGACGCAGAUUAAGGCGGCCCUGGUGACCAUUGUGAAGAACUUCAACCUGAAACCGACCGGCCAAACUGAAUACCCCGUUGAGCUGGACCCCAACUUCUUCCUGAUUCAUCCCAAAAAUGGGCUGCACGUUUCUUUCGAGAAAAGGAAUUAAUUAUCUUUACAAUAAAUAUCAGCUUUAACAAACGCUUUUUGAGAGUAGUUUUAGCGCUCUUGAAUGUUUUUAUUUAAUAAACAAAUUUAUAAAAAAUAAAUUGUUUGAAUAAAAAAAUAAAG